AUGAGGCAGCGGAGGGAGAUUGUGGGAGGGCGAGGGGUGAAGAGGGGAUCGAAGGAAGGGGGCGAGGGUGAUGAUGGGGCUGCUGGUGCAAAGAAAGCAGAGCAUGAGCUAGUUCUUGAAAAGCCUUUAAAGCCAGAGCAUCAGGCACCUGCUAAGAUGCCAGCAGCAACGAAGGGCGCAGGAGGAGGGGCAGGGAGAGUCGCGGUGCUGCCGUGGAUGAGGGCGCCUGUGAAAUGCUCCACAGCCUCCUGCGUGCCCUCGCCCCGGCCGGCAUUUCUUACCCCUUUCCCGUGCAAGCCACAGCGGAGUGGGAGGGCGGGGAGGAGCAAGAGGUGGCGGGGCUGCGGGCGUCGUCACACGACUUACGUGUGUGCGCCAACGGGGAGCGGCAAGACGCUGGCGUAUGCGCUGCCAGUGGUGCAGGCACUGGCAGGGCGCGUAGUGCGGCGAGUGCGGGCCGUGAUAGUGCUGCCCACUCGAGACCUGGCUGCUCAGGUGAAGCACGUGUUUGACACCAUAGCGCCAGCUGUCGGCCUCUCAGUGGCUCUCAUCAACAGCCAAUUGUCGCUCGGUGACGAGGCAACCCACCUCGUGCCGCACCCCGCCGCUCGUGCCGGCCCCUUGGGCCUCCUCAGUCGUUCAAGCUACAGCCAGGGAAGUGGGGCGCUUGGUGGACCAUCUGAGGGGCACACACGGCUUCUCCCUCUUGCACCUGCACUUCCUCGUCACUCCGCUACAACUGUUGGCUCUGUUGCAGCUAUUGGCUCUGUUGCAGCUAUUGGCUCUGUUGCAGCUGUUGGCUCUGUUGCAGCUGUUGGCUCGGUUGCAGCUGUUGGCUCGGUUGCAGCUGUUGGCUCAGUUGCAGCUGUUGGCUCUGCUACAGCCACUAGCAGUGUGGUGGACGAGGUGGAUCGUCUGCUGCGCCAGUCCUACCACGACUGGCUGCCACUCACCCUCACCGCUGCUGCUGCCGGCCCUUCCACUGGCACUGCUGCCACUUCAGCAGUCGCCGGCACGCAUGCUGACGUGACAGUGGGCAUGGCGGCUGUGGGUCGCGCCAUACAAGCACGUGGCGGUAGCAGCAUGAGCGGGGCUCUCCCCACUCUGUUCAUCCACGGCCUGCCUGCCAUCCCUUUCCUCUCGCCGUCUCUUGCCCUCCCAGCUCCCUUCUUCCACGGCCUGAGAUUCCAGUGGCCCUCAACUACUGCUCGUACGUGCUGCUAUGUGGUGCUGCGGCUACCUUGUGCUGCUCUCAAGCACUCGGCCCUGUGCUUCCCAUUGUUCUCCUCCACACGGUCACUCGGCCCAUAUUACCCUCGUCUCUUCCCCGCAUACCCUCCCCAACACCGAGUGCCGCUGGGUGAUCAAGCUUGUGCCGAUGGUGUCAAGCUUGUGCCGAUGGGGUCAAGCUUGUGCCGAUGGUGUCAAGCUUGUGCCGAUGGUGUCAAGCUUGUGCCGAUGGUGUCAAGCUUGUGUCGAUGGUGUCAAGCUUGUGCCGAUGGUGUCAAGCUUGUGCCGAUGGUGUCAAGAUUGUGCCGAUGGUGUCAAGCUUGUGCCGAUGGUGUCAAGCUUGUGCCGAUGGUGUCAAGCUUGUGCCGAUGGUGUCAAGAUUGUGCCGAUGGUGUCAAGCUUGUGCCGAUGGUGUCAAGCUUGUGCCGAUGGUGUCAAGCUUGUGCCGAUGGUGUCAAGCUUGUGCCGAUGGUGUCAAGCUUGUGCCGAUGGUGUCAAGCUUGUGCCGAUGGUGUCAAGCUUGUGCCGAUGGUGUCAAGCUUGUGCCGAUGGUGUCAAGCUUGUGCCGAUGGUGUCAAGCUUGUGCCGAUGGUGUCAAGCUUGUGUCGAUGGUGUCAAGCUUGUGCCGAUGGUGUCAAGCUUGUGCCGAUGGUGUCAAGAUUGUGCCGAUGGUGUCAAGCUUGUGCCGAUGGUGUCAAGCUUGUGUCGUUGGUGUCAAGCUUGUGCCGAUGGUGUCAAGCUUGUGCCGAUGGUGUCAAGCUUGUGCCGAUGGUGUCAAGCUUGUGUCUCUUGAACCAUCCGCUCAUCCGCACUUGCCUGCACCCAUGUUCUCCCAUUCUUUCCUCUCUGCCAUCGCCACAACCCCUUGCGCCACCUUCCUUCUCUCUGUAA